GAUUGACUCGCAGUUAUAACGGUCCUAAAACAAUUUUGACUUGUGUAGCUUCAGUCGCCGAGAAAUUCAGGAAACAUGUAUCGGCUCUUUGUGACGAUGACGGUAAUCACGGUAUUCAACUUCGCGUCAUUCAACGCGGAGUUGCAUAGAAUUCCGUUAUACAGGACAUACACCGUUGGAAAAUCUUCGCCGGACAAUAAUAUGAUACAGCCCCGUUUGGUUACGGUUACUGUACCUCUGACUAAUUAUAAGAAUAUUCAAUAUUAUGGAAUUAUCGGAAUUGGAACUCCACCGCAAAUGUUUAGAAUACUUUUCGACACUGGUUCCUCAGAUCUCUGGGUACCAUCCAAAGACUGCAACGUUAGCCAACCUGCUUGCU